CUGAGCGCUGACGACGGCAUAAAAAGGAGGAAGUGAAAGUAUGACUGUUUGGAAACGGCUAAUCUGUCGCACCGCUUUCAGAGAUGGAUAAGUUUAAGACAGUUCUUAACAUCGCUAGCAAACAGACCAAUCUUGGUUUUGGAUUGGUUGCCCUACUGACAGCGGGAGGGGAGCAGAUUUUCUCUUCAGUGGUAUUCAAGUGCCCUUGCAAUGAUCUGAACUUCCUGUAUGGCAUGGUCUUCCUGUUGGUGCCUGCUCUGGCUCUUCUGCUGCUGGGUUACAUCCUGAGUAAGAAGACAUGGAAGCUGUUCACGGGUCUGUGCCAGCAUAGGGCCAAGCUGUGUUCCUGGAGGGGGGUGGCUACCACUGGGAUGGUCCUCAUCCAGAUCAGCACUACUGCUCUUGUGGCACCUUCCAGCUGGGUUGCUGUGGCUCUGCUCAAUGGGAACUACUACGAGUGUUCAAUGACAGGGAUCAAUGUGAGCGCUUACACAAAGUAUCUCUGCCGCAAUAUGAAGUCUCUGGUCCAAUGUCAGGAGGAAAUGUUCAGGUUCCCUUGUGAGAGUAAGAGCACUCUACCACACUCUGACAGAGAGAAUGUUCUACUCACCCUCAGAGCUCAGUCUCAGAUUCUGGGGUGGUUGCUCAUCUCGUCCAUCAUGUUGUCUAACCUGCUGCUGACCUGUGUGGCUCGGUGUGCCUCCCCCAUCAGCUACCUACAGCUGAAGUUUUGGAAAUUAUACAUUCAGGAGGAAAGCACCAUGAUUGAUUCAUACUCCGAAAGACAUGCCAAAGAGCUUGCUGAGAGGAACCUGAAGACCUUUUUCAACCAGAUACAACCUCAAAAUUUCAUCACUCCUUCCAACAAGGACUGGGCGAAGAUCUCCUCCCUGUACAGGUUCAGCACCAAAGAACAGUACUAUAGCACCUUGCACCGGUAUGUGGAGAACAGUCAGGAGGGUGAAAAUGAGAUGAUGAGGAUGGCUUCUCUCAAGUCAAGUGAAUCUGCUGGUGACAACCCUGCUGUUCUUGAUUUUGUAGAUGAUGGCAGGAUAGCACUGUGAGAAGGUUUUUCACUAUCAAAGAAUUGUCUGUGUUAGGGUGAGACCAGUGUACUGAUAUAUGAUGGUAUAUAAUGUCACUGCACAAAGUGCAGGUCUGAGGGAUAGUCCAAGGAGUCAAGGGGCACUGAGAGAUGAGAGAUCUGUGUAUGGUGUCACAAUUGCAGUCCACACACACACACACGUGCACACACACACAACAUUUUUUACAACAUUUUAUUGCAAUACAUCCAACAGUGGUAACACCUCAAUAGGGUCUCGGAACAUUUGGAUUAGUCACUAGGGAACAAAUGAAGAUGGAUGAACCAUUAGUUAAUGAAUUUUCGUCUAAUUUUAUUACGUAGUUAAUGAUUAUUUAAUUAAGAAACUAAUGAGGAACAAAUUAGGAAAGAUUUGAUAAUUGAUGAAAAGUUAUUAAGUACUGCUACAACUACUACUACUACUACUACUACUACUACUAAUGAUGAUGAUAAGAAGAAGAAGAAGGAGAAUUCUUUAUGAAGGAAUAUAUAGUAGAUAAUGAUGAGUUACUAUAGAACAGACUGGUAGAUUCUACACCAUUGAAUCACUAAGUUCUGAUUAGUUCAGGAAUAUUUGUGAAUUGCUCCAUACUGACCACUAUCUCCAUGAGUUUUUCCGGUUUGACUCUGAAACCACUGCUGAACGGCACAAAACUAUUAAUAAAUGAUUAAUUACAAAUUACUUUUUAGUUUAGUUUAAAUUAGUUACAUUUUUUGUGCCUUCUCAAGUAAAGAGAUACAUAAUACUGAGUAGUUACUAAGUACACUCACUAAUUACUGAUUACUUAAUCAUUAGCUACUCUUUUUUUGUGCCUACAGAACUGGUACAGCAUACUGAAUAGUCACAUCACAGACAAAUUUAUAUUCAAAAUAUUUAUUUAUAUUCCAAUUUGUAUUCUGCAGCUUUAGUGAUGCUGAAAAGAACAACAGAAUAAUGUUAUGUUACCCCAGAAAUCCACAUUACCAACACUGCCAUCCAAGUACUACUUAAAAACUGUACUUUUGUUACAAAAGUCGACAGAUUACAUCAAAAGACAAAUCACAGGGCACUAUCACUCAAUGUGUAAAGACAAACUCAAAAAACAAAAAUAUAUAUAUAGGAUCAUAUAAAGGAUCACAAUUCAUCUGAGCCUUGAGUGCAUCAAACAACUUGUUCACCAUGCGUGUGGCAGCUUAAACAGGAAAUCUUUCAUCUUCACUACUUGAACACUUCCUGUACUGCUGAUAACCUGCAGACAUUCAGCAUAUAUCCAUCAGUCAUGAAAUUAACGUAUUGUUCCAAAUUUGUGACUCCUUCUACUUAGUCAUUGUUAAAAAUCAAAGUCUGACUAUGACUUUUUGUUUGUAUCAGCAGAUAAUGCGUAAGGGUUCAUAGAGGAUGUCUCAAAGCUUCCUGUAUAAUGCAUUCAGAGUGUUUUAACUGGAGUAGUCUUGUGGAAAUCGAACAGGAAAACCAUGAAAAGUAUGUGAUCACUUCCUCAUUCUACUCACUGCUGAUGCUGACUGUGCCCCUUUGUCUCUGUGACAAUGGUAUGUUCUUUGUCAACCCAUUUCAAUAGGAUGAAUGAAUUAUCUCAUUCUGGAUGAUAUACUGUAUGUCCGUUUCUCAUAUGCAUGUUUUGUCAUUCCAGACAAAAAUUGUGGAUUUGAACUUGUUCAAAUUCACUGCAAAGGACUUGUUUGCUGUGUUUGGUGAUUUAUUUUGCAUGAAGAGGAACAAAUAAAGUUGUCAUGCCUCUCAUAAGAUAUAAAUGAGUAACAGCUUCACAUAAACAUGAAUGGAAACA